AUGGCUCCUGAACUUAUUCUCCCAGUGUCAGACCACUUUCCAGGGCGUAUAACAUACAGAGGCAACGGAUACUUUGCUUCAAUAAAGGCCAAAUUUGAAGCUUUUAACUUGACUCAGAAGGUGAAGGAGACGCCUUUUGGUGUGUUUUGGAAUGCCAGUGAAUUGAAAUUCAGUGGGGUUAUUGUCCAUCAGUUGUUACUAAGGAAGAAGAAAGUGAGUGAGGCCAAAAAUGAUGAAGUGUGGUUUUACGUGGGUAAAACCGAAGCUAGAUUUGGACGGUCUGAGUUCGGUUUGAUCACGGGCUUAAAGAUGAGCGGUGGUCCUUCGUCAGAAGAAUUGACUGCACAGUGUGAUUCUGAUCGGAUCUUGCGAGACUAUCUCAACAACUCAAAAAGGGUGACCUUUAAAACCCUUUGGCUAGCGUUUGAGGCAUGCGAUGUGGCUGACGAUGUAUACAAGCUGGGGUUGUGUGCAUUUGUCGAGGGUGUUCUGCUGUCACGGGCCGAGGGUGUGUAUAUCUGGACAGAUAUGCUAAAGUUGGUAGAAAAUGAAGAGAAGUUCUUCGAGUAUCCUUGGGGUCUUCUUUCUUAUCAGAAGUUGUUGUCUUCCACAACUAAGAAUAUGCAACAACUUAGGCAAAACUACAUGGAUAAGAACGAUAAGACCAAGAAGAAACACAAGAAGGAUAAAAAGGUUACUCAACCUGAAGCGAAGUACAACGUGUACGGAUAUGCUCCUGCGCUGCAAUAUUGGGCAUUUGAGGCCAUGCAAGUUUUGGGGAAGAAGUAUGGCCAGUGCAAAGGGACUCGAUUCCCUCGAAUGUUGAACUGGAGCACCCCCGACACAGUCACGAAACAUGAUGUGAAGCAAGCUGAUGUGGCUGCACUCUUUGAGAAAAGGAUGGUUGUGCUUCAAAUCUUGUAUCCUCGGAAUUGGGAGGUUGAUUACUGGAAGGACAAUUGUGAGGGUGAGGUCCCCACAGUGGAAAUGGGGUUGGAUGAGGUCGAAGAAACACAAGCCGGGGCGCAAGAUUCGACCGCAUUCGAGACCCAAGCCCAACGGGUGGCAGAAUAUGUGGAAAGGUCCAAAAUUAUUCCCCCAUCCCCACCCAAGGAAACAGCAGACGCCUCCACAUCUGCCACCGUGCCCCCAACCCCUGCCACUGUGCCCCCAAGCUCUACUCCACGCAAUGACUCCGACUACCUCUUGUUGGCUAAGAGAUUGGAGAAGGUAGAAGCGCAACAAGUUGCGAUUCUUACUGCCCAGACUGAGAUGAAGGCUGACUUCAAGAGAAGUCAGAAAGAGAUGAAGAAUCUUAUCAUGGAUCAAAUUGCGACCGUGAUAAGUUUGUUACAGAAGCAGCCUUCGGAGCCGACACAACCAUCAGGGCCGGCACAACAAUCAGACCCCACACAUCCAUCCGACCCGGCAGAGCCAUUACAGACGGUACAUCCAUCACCGCCGACAUAUGAUGAUGAUGAUGAUGUCUACCCAGAAGAUUGGCAACCUGACGCAUGUGACGUUCCUUCUACUCCUGCAAACGCCAUUGUCAUUUCGCUGGGUGAUACUGAAUCUCAGGAUGUGGAAGAGUUGCAGGGGCCACCAGAUGGAGUGGAGUUCUGUAGGAUUAGGCGAAAGCGGAAGCCGACACCCCGAAGCCGGCGGACCCCAUUGUUAAAAUUUUUCCAGAAGUGGAUCACUUAUGCUAGGGACAAUGGCCGUCCUAGGGAUGUUCACACUGGCGAAGCCACUAGAUCGUGGUUCGUGAAGUUGAUGGUGCUGAACGAAUGGCUCGAAGAUGAUCAAAUUGAUGCCAUGGCGCACUUAUUGAGAAGAAGACGGACCCUGUACCCAGAAGUCUACACCCGAAAAGGUGUAGUUUUGGACACAUCUGCUCCACAGUUCUUUUCCAUGUUUUGGAAUAUGUGUGAGGGUGACAGGAGCAAGAUGAAAUGGGAUGAGAGCGUCAUGAGUUACGUGCAGGGGAUACCGCACAGAUACUUGCCAUGUUGGGAGAAGCAGGAGUACAUAUACUUUGUGUUGCACCUUCCCAAAGAGCGCCACUGGGUGGCAGUUGAGGUGGAUAUCGAGAACUGGGAGAUCAUUGUAUAUGAUUCUGAUAUCGGUGCCACCGUUGAGGCAGCCAUGGAGUCAUAUUUGAAGCCUUACAGCGAGCUCUUUGCAAAUCUAAUUCGAGAUAGCGGUUAUUUCCAAUACAACAAUUAUGUACAUCCGGUGGAGUUGGGCGAUCUCAGUCAGCUCCUACCCCUCCAUUAUAGACGAGCUACCUCGGAGGUUGUACCACAAACGAACAGCAGUGGCAAUUGUGGAAUGUAUGCCAUGGAGCACAUUGAGCACUUGAUGCUGGAUCGGUCGUUGGAGCAUGUGCAUGAUGAUAACAUGCUCACCUUUAGACAUAGGUGGUGUGUGGACCUAUUUUACCAGAACUUAACGUGGUAGUUUUUUGUAGGUUUUUGCAAUGUUAAUCUUGUACACAUAAACUCCCCUUUUGUAAUUGUAUUAUAAUCUCACCAAAUUUAUAUAUAACAAGUAAAUUUAAAGCUA